AGCAUUCAGUCACCCAUUGGAAAUCUAUAAUCACGCAUUUGAAGUUCUUAUGUACACCGUCUAAAUGGGAAGUUGAAAACAUUUGCUUGGAAAUCACGGGAAUUACGGUUGCAUUUAAUGAAUUGUUUAAGAAUAAACAUGACAACGCCUCAAAAGGUUGUGUUGCUGGCAUGCGGAUCAUUUAAUCCACCAACAAAUAUGCAUUUGCGAAUGUUUGAACUAGGUCGUGAUCAGCUACAAAGAGGUGGUAAAUACAAUGUUAUAGCAGGAAUUAUGUCCCCUGUCAGUGAUGGAUACGACAAAAAGGAUUUGGCACCAGCCAAACACAGAUGUGCCAUGGUUAAACAAGCUAUAAAGUCAUCCAAGUGGAUAAGAAUGGACACCUGGGAGUGUGAGCAACCAACCUGGACAGAAACAGCUAAAGUUCUUUCCCAUCAUAAACAAAUUCUGGACAACCAAACUAACACUUCUGUCAAAUUUACACCUUCAAAAAAGAGAAAAAAAGACAAAAGAAAUGAAGAAUAUAUAGACAGAGUGAACUCCCCUGGCCAUACAAACAACAAGGAUGAGAGUGAGAAUGAAAAUGUACAACUAAAGUUGUUAUGUGGUGGUGACCUUCUAGAGUCUUUCGCAGUCCCUGGUCUAUGGAAAGACGAGGAUAUUGAAGAAAUUGUGAAGAAAUACGGCCUAGUGUGUAUAACAAGGAAUGGAUCAGACCCACGAAAGUUUAUAUACGAGUCUGAUGUUUUGACACGGAACCAGGAUAAUAUUACUAUAGUAACAGAAUGGAUACAAAAUGAAAUCAGUUCUACAAAAAUAAGGCGUGCUUUAAGAAGAGAUGAAAGUGUGAAGUAUUUGUUACAAGAUUCUGUUAUAGACUAUAUACGAGAACAUGAACUGUAUGGCAUGAAAUGUGAUAAACAAGUUCCUCAGCUUGGGUUCCUGUCAAAACUGUAAAACUACGUGACUUUCAAAAAAAAAAAAAGAUGGAUUUUGCUGUUUGCAAAGAAAAGCUCUUUAAUUGAAGAGUUUUCUCCUGUUGUAUUAGUUGAUGUUUUGAAAUGGGAAGAUUAAUUCUUAUACACAAUUACUAUCAAUAUUAGAGGUAUGAAUCUUUUCAGAUUUGUAAUAUGACUUAUAAAUGAAAGAAUGGAAUUCGUUCUCACACUUGCUACAUGAUCAACAUUUUUUUCUGACAAUCAGUUUGUGUAAUUUGAAUCUAUGGCAUUUUGAGUCACACACAUUAUUGUUUUUCUUUUUAUAAUUCCACAAUAAAAACAAAAUGAUAUAAUUCUUAAUGUUUCCUUGGAGGGAAGAAUCAAGUUUUGUUUAGAAAUUUUCUAGACAUUUAGAAUUUAGUUUUAGAAAUUUAGUGCAUUUGCACAACCGCUAGUCUUGCUUGUAAGGAAAUAUCUGUUUUUGAGUGAUACAAAAGUACUUGAAUGACACAUAUUGUUCAAAUAACCUUUGUUUUAAAUAAAGUCUUAAAUUUUUUCAAAAUUUAAUAAUCUUCUCUGUAGUUACUGUAAUAUGUUUGUGUAGUGUCGUAAUCAAUUUAUUUAAAUCAUUUCUGUUGUUUUUAAAACAAUUUUUGGCAACCAGUAUUUAAUGUCAUGACUUUCAAGAACGCUAAGAAAACAUGUUGAUUGGUAUUUAUUAAGUGGAAAUUUUAGAGAUUUUCGUCAAUUCCUGAAAUUCAUCAAUAUUUCCAUGUUGCUAACUUUACCACUUACAUGUAGUAUGUAAUGUAAGUGCUAAAGUCUAAAGGCCUCAAAAUAUUUUGAAAAAAAACAACAAUCAAAAACAUAUGAUAUGAUUCUGAUUGCCAGCACUAACUGUUCUAAAUGAAAUGUGUUCUCAAGACCCUUUGAUCACUGUUGUAAUUUUGUAGUAACACUGUGAAAUGAUUUUACUCUUUGUCAUUCUGUUGUAUUGUUAUUUUUUUUGGAAAAUUAUACUUUUUAAGUUUUUUACAUUGCCUUGAUACAUUAAAAGUCUUUUUUCUUCUUUUUUUGUAAUUUUCUCUAUAUUAGAGAGUUCUUUUAUUAUGGAAUAGUAUGUAGUAUUGUGAAGAGAGGAUUUUAUUGUUUUUUUAUGGCUCUGUGAAAUGUUUUUUUAUUACAGCAUAUCACAGUGCCUGUUUAACAUUCUGUCAUUCUGUGACACUAACUUACAUUUAACUGCUAUGACACCAGCCCAGUAAUGCAUGACCUUCCCAAGAAUCAAACCAGUUGUCAUAGGGUAGCAGGUUCAAUCCUUGAGUGAGCGGAAAUUUCUGUCUAAUAGUCAUUUUCCGCUCAGAAUCAUGUGGAAUUAGUAGUUGGUCACUUGCGAAGAAAUUGACAAUUACUGGUUAGUUAUCCAGGAAGACUGUUACGUGGAUUAACUACAGAGAUAUGAUCAUAAAAACUGACAAAGUUAACAAAAAUUCCUCAUACUUUUGAGGUCAAAGAUUUUUUAUGUGUUUGGGAUUUGUCACGGACCACAUACAAACCUUAUGUGGGUUUCAGGUCACAUAGGUCAUGUUCAAGGUCAAUGAGGCUAAAAAUAGAUUUUUGAUAUGUUUUUUUUCUCUUUUGGCAAGGUCAUAUCUGUACUUUGUUAAAAUUAUAUUUAGGGGAUCUUCCGUCUGUGUCACUAAGAUUCUUGUUUGCUUAGAAAAUUUUGAAUACCUAGACAAGUUUUGAAUCAAAUUAUUUCACAGUAUUUGUUGUUGUUUUUUUGUUUAUACAUGUACUGAUGUUUUUUUUUAAAUUCCUUUGUUGUUUUGAUGUUUGCAUAAUAUCAUAAUUAUAUAGAUGUUUGCUUUUUUCAGAAUUUCAUAUGUAAUGACAUGUGCCGUAGCACAAUCUGAGUUUGUUUUUAUUUUCUUUUGUAUAUAUCCACAUUUAGUUUUGACACAUAUUUUUUUGAUACAGUUAAACUUGAGACCACAAACAAAUGCAGACCACAAUAAAAAACAAAACAAAAA